CUGCCGCCGCCACCGCGGUCCCGGUCCGCCGACAGACGGGCAGACGAGCCGCAAUGAGGAGCUUCGAACUGUAGAAGGAAAGUAGGUCGCACCCACUGAAAAUGCCUCUAAGGGACAAGUGCUGUCAGACUGACCACCAUCAUCAUGGAUGCUGUGAACCAGUGUAUAUUCUGGAACCUGGAGAUCCUCCUUUGUUACAGCAACCACUGCAGACUUCCAAGUCUGGCAUUCAACAGAUUAUUGAAUGCUUUCGAUCAGGAACUAAACAACUAAAACACAUUCUGUUAAGAGAUGUGGACACAAUUUUUGAGUGUAAAUUAUGUCGCAGUCUCUUCAGAGGAUUACCAAAUUUAAUUACUCAUAAAAAAUUCUACUGCCCUCCAAGUCUCCAGAUGGAUGACAACCUUCCUGAUGUAAAUGAUAAACAAAGCCAAGCCAUAAAUGAUCUCCUAGAAGCCAUUUAUCCAAGCGUGGACAAGCGAGAAUAUAUUAUUAGGCUAGAACCCAUAGAAACUAAUCAGAAUGCAGUAUUUCAGUAUAUUUCAAGGACUAAUAAUCCAACUGAGGUCACUGAGUCAAAUAAUUCUCCUGAUCAAACUCAAGUUCAGAUGCAAGAACCUAACAUUGAACAAUCCAAAACAACUCCAGUUCCAGAUACAGAAGUAGAAAUUGUAGAGACCCCUCCUGCAGAAACAGUUGCAAAUGAAGCAAUACCAAUGUCUGAUGAACAGCCUCAGGAAUCACACACUGAUUUGGAAACUUCUGAUAAUUCUGAUUUUGGCCACCAGUUGAUUUGUUGUCUUUGUAGAAAAGAAUUCAACUCCAGACGCGGCGUUCGUCGGCACAUUAGAAAAGUACACAAAAAAAAGAUGGAAGAACUAAAGAAGUAUAUCGAAACACGAAAGAAUCCGAACCAGCCCUCUGCUAAAGGACGCAAUAAGAAUGUUCUUGUAACGUUGAGCAGGAGUUGUCCAGUAUGUUAUAAAUCAUUUGCUACAAAAGCGAAUGUAAGGAGGCAUUUUGAUGAAGUUCAUAGAGGACUGAGGAGGGAUUCAAUUACUCCUGAUAUAGCUACAAAGCCUGGGCAACCUUUGUUCCUGGAUACUGUUUCUCCUAAAAAAUCUUUUAAGACUCGGAAACAAAAGUCUUCUUCAAAGGCUGAAUACAAUUUAACUGCAUGCAAAUGCCUUCUUUGCAAGAGGAAAUAUAGUUCACAAAUAAUGCUUAAAAGACAUAUGCAAAUUGUCCACAAGAUAACUCUUUCUGGAACAAACUCUAAAAGAGAGAAAGGCCCUAAUAAUACUGCCAACAGCACAGAAAUAAAAGUAAAAGUUGAACCAUCAGAUUCUGUAGAAUCUUCACCCCCUUCUAUCACCCAUUCUCCACAGAAUGAAUUAAAGGGAACAAAUCAUUCAAAUGAGAAAAAGAACACACCGGCAGCACAGAAAAAUAAAGUUAAGCAAGACUCGGACAGCCCUAAAUCAACGAGUCCUUCUGCUGCAGGUGGCCAGCAAAAAACCAGGAAACCAAAACUUUCAGCUGGCUUUGACUUCAAGCAGCUUUACUGUAAACUUUGUAAACGCCAAUUUACUUCCAAACAGAACUUGACUAAACACAUUGAGUUGCACACAGAUGGAAAUAACAUUUAUGUUAAAUUUUAUAAGUGUCCACUUUGCACUUAUGAAACGCGUCGGAAACGUGAUGUGAUAAGGCACAUAACUGUGGUUCACAAAAAAUCAUCACGUUAUCUUGGGAAAAUCACAGCCAGUUUAGAGAUCAGAGCUAUAAAAAAGCCCAUUGAUUUUGUUCUAAAUAAAGUGGCAAAAAGAGGCCCUCCAAGGGAUGAAGCGAAGCAAAACGAUUCAAAACAUGAUGAAACUUCUAAUUCUCCCAACAAAAAGUAUGAAGUAGCUGAUGUUGGCAUUGAAGUAAAAGUCACAAAAAACUUUUCUCUUCACAGAUGCAAUAAGUGUGGAAAGGCAUUUGCAAAAAAGACUUACCUUGAACAUCAUAAGAAAACUCAUAAGGCAAAUGCUUCUAAUUCACCUGAAGGAAAUAAAACCAAAGGCCGAAGUACAAGAUCUAAGGCUCUUGUCUGAUAACUUCAAGUGAUGUACGGAAAGGUUUGGAGUUCAUUUGUGUGGAAAGACUUUAAAUUGGUGUUAGAACCACUAACGUCUUCAAAUGGUACUAUAAAGAAAAAAGAAAAAUAUUUUCAUAAAUAUUCAACCGUUACUGCUGUUUUCUAACUAAAUUAAUAACCAUCUGACUACAUGUUUCUAAGGCCAUUGCCUCUUCCAACACUUUGAAGUAGCUAUGAAGUUAACCUUAUUCUACCUACAUCAUAGUUUGUCUUACCUUGUGCAUUUGGUCUACAGGCUCAUCCUACUGUAUUUAAAAACAAAAAAAAAUGCGAAAUUUGUUUUCCCUUAAAGACCAGAAGCUUUAGGAAGUCAACAACCUGAGGGAAUAUCUUUACUGGUGGUGUUAUUUGACAAAGAAGUUUUAUCAUAAUUUCAUUUUAUUUGGCAAGAUUUUCAUCCAGGUUGUGUGCAUGAUUUCAAAAUUUUCUCCAGUGAAUGUAUGCUGAGAACAGUCUAUUAAAACAGAGGAACUUAAGUCUGCUGAAUAUUAGUACUUGUCCUCACAUCAGUUCAUCUCCAACUGAUUUUCUAGUGUAAUGAAAGUUUCAUUGUACUAAAAAUAAUAUAGAGAAGGUUCCAGUUCAUUUUUGCAUGGUUCAUAGUAACACCUUUAAUUUCUGAACAUCUGAGUUUUUAUGAAAAUCAAACAUUCCCCUAUUUUUUUCUUUAAAUUUUAUACACAAGCACUUUAAUGAUAGAUGCAACUUAAUUUUUCAGUUUCUAUUUUUUUAAAUGGGCAACGCAUUUACUAAUGUUAAUAUGAAGGUAGUAAAUAUCUUACUGAUAUUUUAUAUUUACAGACAAUCCAUGCACAACCACUUCUUAUGAUGUUAGUUUUAUUUCUUUAAAUAUUGCUACACAGGGAGGAAGAAAAGAGAAACCAAGAAAACUUUUUUCUCUCAAGAAAAUUUCAAGUGACCACUUUAGAUAACAUUUGAUUUUUGCUAUAGGAUUUGCAAAAUAAUGAAUUCUUUUCCAAUGAAUUCUUUUCCAAUUUAUAAUAAAUCAAGAUUUUAGUGAAAAAAAAAAGCAAACCUAUCAUUACAAAUUUCUUGGUAGGUUUCUAUGUACCAACAUUUUGUACUUUUUAGGAAAAACCGUUUUGUUUUUUAGAAAUUUGUGUCAAAUUAUCCUAAUUUCAAAAGGUUCAAGAGAAAAUUUACCAUGUUUUUAUAAUAGGUUCAUACCUGUAAUUAAAAGGGACUCUGUUUCCAUUUACUUUUUGUAUAAAAUCUAAAAAUGUUGAAGAUCACAAAGUCAUAAGAAUAAAAUGCUUCUAUAGAUAGAAAAACAUUUAGCCUUCCUAGUGCUUUGCACUAAAAUAUACUGUGAAAGGAAACUAGAAAGACUGUAACUGUUGCUGGAAAUGUUCUAUAUUGAAUGUACAUUCUUUGUUUGGACAAAUGUACUGUAUGUGAUGGAAAUAAACCAGACUCGAAGUCACUUCAGCUAAAUGUGCUUCAACAAAGGUGCAUUGGUUGAACCAUAAAUGCUUAUUAUCCACUUUAUUCAGUUACUAUGGGCAACUGUACUUAAAUUUUAUCCUUCUGUUAGCUUUGUUUUUAAA